AUGAUUUGUCUCACUAGUUUAAUAUUUAUUAUCGUCCGUCUUGUUAACGAACUUAUUUAUGAAUAUCUUAUGAGUAAGCCUCCAUAUCCCUCAGUAGCCUUUUGGCAAGAUAAUCGAACAUAUCAAACAGGACGAUCACGUCCUGUACCAAUAACAACAAUUGACAAAGUCAAUCUAACAAAUUUUACAUUAGUUAUAACAGCUUGUUGUCGAAAUGUCGAAAAACAUCUUGUUGGUUUUCAAAAAAAUGUACGUGCUAUUGGUGCUUUAUUUCGAUAUUAUCGUCUCUAUUUGGCGGAAUCAGAUUCAGACGAUGGUACAUUGAAAUUUAUCCAAGAAUGGGAGAAAAAUGAUUCUGAUCAUGUUAGUGUUCAUUCUGCAGGACGACAACGAUGGCGCCAAUUUUUUCGCACUGUACGUCUUGCUCAUUGUCGGAAUUAUCUUUUUCAACGUGCUCUUACUGAAAUGCCAUGGUUCGAUUAUUACUUUGUGCUUGAUGUUGAUGUAACAUCAUCGGAGACAUUUAGCGUCAACAAUUUUCUUACGAAUUUUAUUUAUCCCCUAUCGUCAUGGGCAGUUAUGACGGCUUCACAAAUAAAUUUCUACUAUGAUACAUGGGCAUUACGAUCAUGGCCGACAAUAACAUAUGAUUUUUUGGAGCAGGCACGACAAGCAUCAUUCUUUUCCAUCCCUUGGAACUCAGCAAUUAAGCGAGCCGUUGACGUGCACAAUAAAGGAAUCCCACGUAAUCAUCCAUUAAUCGAAGUUCAAUCAGCUUUUGGUGGAGCAGCUAUCUAUGCAGCUCAGUAUUUGAGUAAAGAAUGUGCGUACAAUGGUUGGAUGGAUCAUGGAUGGUGGUUUACUCGAGAACAAUGUGAACAUGUUUCAUUUAAUCAAUGCGUUAGACGAAACGCGGGUGGAGGAAAAUUUUUUAUUAAUCCACAAUUUCAAACUGUAUAA